GGGGCUGGCCCGCCGCUCCGCCCUGCUGAGGGGCAGUUUCCCGGCUGUUCAAUUAACCUCGAGACGAUGGCUGAAUCUGCAGGAAUACCAGAGUAAAAAACUGAUGGCAGACCAUGGGGUUACAGUUCAGAGAUUCUUCGUGGCUGACUCUGCGAAUGAUGCCCUGGCGGCUGCUAAGAGACUAAAGGCAACAGAAAUCGUUCUAAAGGCUCAAAUCCUAGCUGGAGGGAGAGGAAAAGGUGUUUUCAAUAGUGGAUUGAAAGGAGGGGUCCAUCUAACUAAAGACCCUAAGGUUGUUGGGCAGCUUGCUGAACAGAUGAUUGGGUACAAUCUCGCAACAAAGCAAACUCCAAAGGAUGGCGUUAAAGUUAAGAAAGUGAUGGUUGCAGAAGCAUUGAAUAUUUCGAGGGAAACCUACUUUGCAAUUUUGAUGGACAGAGCUUCCAAUGGACCUGUGAUGGUUGGCAGCCCACAGGGAGGUGUUGACAUAGAAGAAGUGGCGGCUACUAGCCCGGAACUUAUCUUUAAGGAGGAAAUAGAUAUUUUUGAAGGUGUAAAGGACAACCAAGCAUUGCAGAUGGCAGAAAAUUUAGGAUUCAAAGGACCUUUGCAACAGCAGGCAGCAGAUCAAAUUAAGAAGCUGUACAAUCUUUUCCUGAAAAUUGAUGCUACUCAGGUUGAAGUGAAUCCAUUUGGUGAAACUCCAGAAGGACAAGUUGUUUGCUUUGAUGCCAAGAUAAACUUUGACGACAAUGCCGAGUUUAGGCAAAAAGAGAUAUUUGCCAUGGAUGACAAGUCUGAGAAUGAGCCUAUGGAAAAUGAAGCUGCCAAAUAUGACUUAAAGUACAUAGGACUGGAUGGGAACAUUGCUUGCUUUGUGAAUGGAGCUGGUCUUGCUAUGGCAACCUGUGAUAUCAUUUCCCUUAAUGGUGGAAAGCCAGCCAACUUCCUGGAUCUUGGUGGAGGUGUGAAGGAAGCACAAGUCUAUCAGGCAUUCAAAUUGCUCACUGCAGAUCCUAAGGUUGAAGCAAUACUGGUCAACAUUUUUGGUGGUAUUGUGAACUGCGCCAUUAUAGCAAAUGGCAUUACCAAAGCCUGUCGAGAGCUUGAACUGAAGGUGCCUCUGGUUGUCAGACUUGAAGGAACGAAUGUUCAUGAGGCCCAGCGCAUUCUGAAUGAAAGCGGGUUACCAAUCACCUCUGCAAGGGACCUUGAGGAUGCAGCAAAGAAAGCAGUGGCUAGUGUGGAAAACAAAUGACUCCUUGAAGAUAUUUGCCUGCAGAGGGUCUGUGAUUCACAAAAGUGACAGUCACAUUCUUGUUGCAGAGAGAAUUAUUAGGGUUCCUUAAAGCAGUCAUCAGUAUUGCUGAACUUACCUAUCUGAUGUAUCCAGAGGGUACCAAAAUUAGUGAAUCCUCAAUCUGCAUAUUUCUGG